AGUGGUGGUAGUAUAUGUGGUAAAAAGAGGCUAGAAAUUAAAAAGUUUCAAACAAAUCCUACAGUCUUCAAUGAUAUCUGUAUCGUGAAAGUUGUGGUUCGUUUUUUUGUUUCGACGAUAAAGUAUUUUUUUCGUAGUUUGUAUGCAAAUAAAUUUUUGUUUUUUGUUUUUUUAAAUUAUUGGUUAAAAGAACGAUACGUUGGACAUCAUGAACAUAUUGUGGGCAUAGAAUCAGUGAAAGAUACUUGCUAUAUCAUAGUGAACUAUUUAUGUGUGAAUAAUUGACAAUAAUAAUUGUUGAUCUGGUGAAAAUUGCACACAUUUUUUGGAAUUAUAAUUCAGAAUUUGAAAUCAAAAUCCACACACACACUCAAAAUGCGUGAUUGUGAUGUACAACCACCGGUCAACGUGGAAGGACAGACACAGAGUCUUCAUCCACCUGCCGGAUUUCCUCAUAUGCUGACUCCACCUGGCUACCCAAAAGCAAUGGUUCCGAACACAAACGGAUUCGCACAAUCCCAUGCCGAUGGACUGCAACAAAGUUCAUCGACGCCUUACCGUUUCUUCCGAAACGAACACAACUCAAUGCGAUCACUUCCGGCACUGUCACCGUGCCACACACCGCCAGCCGAUGAAACGCCACCAAAGUCGCCGAAAUCAUUGGACGAAACGCCCGAGAAAGAUGGUGAUACGAAUUCGGUUUCGGGUGGCGAUUCCCGAUCCAUUGACGAUGAUUUCGAGGAAGACAUUCGAAAGCCAAAAGUGAAUUCACACGGAAGAAUCAAACAGAACAAAUGCAAGCAGUGCGAUUUCGUGGGCGAUACUAAAUUGAGCUUUUGGGAUCAUAUCAGAAUACAUAUAAAGCCGGAGAAGAUGUUAUUGUGUCCAAAAUGCCCGUUCGUGACGGAAUACAAACACCAUUUGGAAUAUCACAUUUUGAAGCAUAACGGUUCGAAACCGAUCCGUUGCCCUGAGUGCAACUAUACGUGCGUGAAUCGGUCGAUGUUGACGUCUCACAUGAAAUCACAUUCAAACACCUAUCCGUAUCGGUGUUUGGACUGUAAUUAUGCCACCAAGUAUUGCCAUUCGCUGAAACUCCAUUUGCGUAAAUUAAGCCAUCAACCAGCGAUGGUACUGAAUGCAGACGGUACACCGAGCCCGUCGCCAAUUAUUGAUGUGUACGGAACGAGACGUGGACCGAAAAAUCGUUCUGGCCAAAAGCCGAAACAGAAGUCGGCAUCAGUACACAAUGUCCAACAAACUGUCAAACUGGUUAAGCCGACCAGUCCAGUUCAUCAGAAUUUUUUACAACAACAGCAACAGCAUCAUCAACAGCAACAGCAACAUUUCUUUCAUCAGCAGCAGCAACAGUACCAACAGCAGCAACAGCAACAACAACACGAACAACAGCCUUAUCAACAACACCUCCAGAAUAUAUUUCAUUCUUCGUAUCCAUUCGAUCUGCUCAAGUUUCCAUACCUCAAUUUGCAAAUUCUCGCUGCUCAACGGCAAGUGGCAUUAGCUCGAAGCAGUUCACAGCACGAAGACUCAAAAUCCGAUAGCUCAAUCGAAGAAUUAAAUGGAGACCAAUGUGAUACAGAGAGAGAACGGAUGGACGAUAACGAUUACAGCGAAAAAGAUCAUGACACCGAUGAAGAGGAACACGAAGAUGAUGUCCGAAUGCACGAACAAAACAACAACGAUCAACGUAACCGGAGCCGGGAUGCAAGUGAACCGCGAAUCAGUGAAAAGUAUUCGGAAUGCAAGCAUUGUGAAAUAAUAUUCAAGGAUCCCAUACUGCACACAAUUCAUAUGGGCUAUCAUGGCUACGACAAUGUAUUCAAGUGUAACAUGUGUGGUGAAUUUUGCGAUGAUCGAGUGUCCUUUUUCACUCACAUUGCUCGAAAUCCACAUUCAUAAAAUGUGUUGAACAAUGAAGUGGCAAGCCGUGUAGACGUAGCAAUCAAAUUUAUUUAAAACAAAAAUCAUUUUCUGCUCUUACUUUGAAUUCUUCCAGGCAGGAGCCUCAGAUACUUAGGGUUAAUGCGCACAGACACUAGCAAUUACCACUUGGCCGCUUACUGAAACAAGUGACAAAAUUUAAUCGUGUACGUAAAUGGUACCACAUUCCUACUUAAAAAGACAAUUUAUUUACUCGGCUCAUUUGUGUAUCUGUUGAUGGAUAACAAAUAGAAUUCGAAAUGUUUAGUUGGCGAAUUUCGAAACAGAAUCUUCCCACCUACGUUUACACGGAAAAAUUGCAAUUUACUCUUACAAGUUGUAUCGAUAUGAUUAUCGUUUUUUGCUAUUCCACAACUGGUUAUUGGCCGAUGAUACGUACAGUUUUCGUGCGUCAAUUUGACGAAUUAUCAGUUUUGUUAGGACAAUAAAUUUUUAUGUUUUUUUAAAAUUAAAU